AUGCAAGAAGAUAAAAAGCUAUUGAGAUACUCAUUCGGAGUUUGCGAUUAAAUGAAAAAAGAUAACUACUAUCUUGAGAAUUACUCAAAUAAUUUAAGUAUGUAACCAGAAGAGGUUAGGAGUAUAACAGCAAGAGUGAAGAGCAAUAUAAAAUAAUAUGAAAACUAGUUAUUAUAGAAUAGCUAAGGAAAGAAAGGAAAAGAUUUAAUGAAAUUUAUAGGAAAUGUUAAGAAUGCCAUGAAGUAGUAGGGAGAUUAGGGAUAAACAGACUUUUUAUAUCAAUAGCAAAGGAUGCAAGCACAAGAAUAAAUUGAUGACGAAGAUAUUGAAUUCUAUAAUGACUACUUUCCAAACAGUAUGAUUGACCCCGGCAGCAACUAUGAGUAGUAAUUGAUUGAAUAAUUUGCCAAAAUGCAGACAUUCAGCCAGAAUCAUAAUGCCUUUGGUGUAGGAGAAAGUAGCAAUAACUACCUCAGUUUAACCAAUAAUACAAGUAAUUUAAACGUUUAAAACAUGGUUCAAACUCCUACAACUCCUCAAUAAGGCUCUGCACCUAAUUUUUAAAGCUCUCAUUCAUAAGAUUAGCUUAUCAAGCAUCACAAAGAAUUUUUAGAAGCUCAAAAAAAUAAGCACCUUUCGUUAUCAUAGUCUCAAAAAUACUUCAAUCAAAAAGCAGAUGAGUAAAUACUCCCUUAAUCUGUAACUCGUUAGCGUGACAUUGACAACGAUUUGUUUGGAAUAAAUUCCUUUAACAAUAAUAACAGUGCUCAUCAAAUGAAAUUAAUGAGAAAUCACUCUUCAUUAGAAGCAAGCACAAAUAUUUUAGGGUCUGCUAAGGGUGUAAGAAAUGCUCACUCAGGUAUGAGUACAAAUAAUAUUUUGAAUGGGAAAAAUGAAGUUUCAUAUAUUUCUGAUUAUCAAAAUAAUCACAUGAUUUAAGAAAAUAUCAACGAUUCACUGAAGAUUGAAGACGAAAUCUAACCAAUACCCAAUGAAGGUGAUAUGAAGUAUGAAGAUCAAAGUUAUUUGGAUUCAUACUUAUUGUAUAAAAAUUCUAUCUCUUAGUUAAAUUGUGCAGAAGAUAUUAACUUGGAAGAAAAUUAGUAAUAAGGAAGUAUGGUAUUUUAUAAUAAUUUAAAUCCAAAUUAUAUUCUUAACGCUUAAUCAUCAAACGAUCAUUCUUAGGCAAAUGGAGCAUAAUACUAGAAAUUCUAUUUGAAUUAAACCAAUUUCCUGUAGAAUAUGGAUGAAUAUGAUGGAAAUAAUGAACCAUAGCUUCCUUAAUCUUGUCUUCCUCACUUUGUGAAUGCUCAAAUUAAUUAUGAGGAUUCUAAUUUAAAUUUCAAUGAAGAAAAUGUUUAUCUUGAAGAAAAAUAUGUACAAGACAUGCUUUAUAUGAGAAGACCGAAUUCUGCUAAUUAUUUGAUAGAAAAUAUGGAAUAAUCAUCAAAUCAUGUUUAAAAAGAUCAUAAACAAGCUGAAAAGCGCAAAACAUUUAUUGAAUCUACCAAAACUAAUAUUCCAAAUGCAGCAAAAGCCAAAGAAAGAAGCAUCACUCACAACACUAGCUUCGAAUAAAAACUAAAAAAUUAACAGAAUUCUAAUAAAAUGGGAUAUCAGUAGCAAUUACAGAAAACAAAUAGUUUUAAAGUUUAAACCGAUAAAGAAAAAGAAUACAAGAUGGUUAAUAAAGAAAAUAAUUUGAGUUAAGCAUAGCUCAAUGUUUAACAUUAGCAAGCUAGAGAUAAAUCGAUUGACAUAGAAAAGGUUGAUUAAAAUGCUGUCAAAAUUGGAAAAUUCAUUAGUAAAAGAUAUGUUAAUAAGGAAAAUAAAAAGCCAACAACUUCUCAGCUUUCAUACAAAACACCAGAAACUGCAUUAAGAGCAAAUGAAGAUUUCUUGAAUUAAAAGACAAAAAAUUACUUAGAAAUUUUAAAAAAGCAUCUUAGGACAGAUUAAAUAAACACCGCGAACAAGACUUAAAAGCAUACAUUAAAUUAAGUGUAAGCAAACACUACUCAAUAUUAGCCAUAGUAGACUUAAGCAAAAGCAGCACCAAAAGUAAACAACAAUAAUAACACUUUCAAUAAAAAUAACUCACCAACAAAAAGGCUCUCUAAUAUUUAUAAAAUAAAUCGAAACUAACCUGCUCCUGCUCCCUUACCUCUUUAUAAUACAAACGAUCACUCAAGUACUAACUAAACGAUGACUACUGCAGCUACUACUACUCCAACACUUAGGCAAAACCAUAGCUUUGUAACCCAGAAAAAAGGUGAUGAAAAUUAAGAAGCAAAACAAGAAAUAGCUAAAUCGAUUGGAAUUCCACAUUAAAAUUAAUAAAAAAAACAAGAUUUAGCAAAUCCCUACAAUAUUAACAUGAAAAAUAUAGCACUUACUAGAUACAAUAAAACAGCAAAUAAUACUAUCUAAAACACUAUGAGAACAAAUAGAAACACAAAAGAUGAAAUUACAAAUAAAAAUAUGACAAACCAUAAUUAAUUUACUAAUGCUAAUAAUUUAGCCACAGUAUUAUUUAAUGCAACUUAAGCUGUAGCUUAACCUGCUGCAGCUGUGAAGAAAAACAUAAAUCCUACUUCUCAGAAUACUGUUAAAUAAGCUUAACCUUAUGUUCCUUCAACAUAAAAACCUUCAUCUUCUAGUGCAGCUUAGUCACUCUUUGAUGAUAUAAAUAUAAACAAUUUCAAAUUCGAAUAGGAGAUAGGGAAAGGUUCCUACGCUACUGUCAAGCUAGCUAUAGAUAGGGCAUCACAAAUUAGAUAUGCCCUUAAAAUUUAUCCACGUUUUGUCUUACUUGAUCCUCAUAAAAUGAGAAAUGUAAAGAGAGAAAUUGCAAUUUUAAGAAAGUUAUAACAUCCUUUUAUAAUUAAAAUGCCUUUUGCAAUCGAAGAUAAAUAAAAUCAAAUAAUUGUUGGAAUGGAGUAUGUUGGUAAACAAAGCUUACAUGGAUAUUUAAAGACUAAAACAGAUAGAAAAUUAGAAGAGCCUGAAGUAAAAAGACUAUUUAGAUAGAUUGUUGAAGGAGUGAAUUAUUGCCACAAAAUGAGUGUCGUACAUCGUGAUAUUAAAUUAGAAAAUAUUUUACUUGACCAAAGCAACAACAUUAAAAUUAUUGAUUUUGGAUUUAGCAUUAUCAAUGGGGAAGAUAAAAAAUUAAAAAUUUUUUGUGGUACUCCCUCAUACAUGGCUCCAGAAAUAGUGUCUAAGAUAGAAUAUAUUGGUCAAAAAGCUGACAUUUGGGCUUUAGGAAUUUUAUUAUUUGUUAUGCUUUAAGGAAAAUUCCCAUUUAAAGGAGUAAAUGAUAAUGAACUCUUCAAAAAAAUAAAAAAGGGGUCAUUUACAUACACUCAUCCAGUAUCUUCAGAUGCUGAAAAACUUAUUUCUUAACUUCUUAAUGUUAGGCCAUCAGAGAGACCAAGCUUGCCUAUUAUUUUAGAGCAUAGCUGGUUUUCUCAACAAAAUUGA